AUGGCAAGCGUGGUGGUGAAGACAAUCUGGCAGUCCAAAGAGAUCCACGAGGCCGGGGACCCCCCCGCGGGGGUCGAAAGCCGCUCCCAGCUGAUCCCAGAGGCCCCUGGUGGGGUGAUCAGCCCAACCAAGGGGAUCACGAAGAAAAAGAAGGCCGUGUCGUUCCACGGGGUGGAGCCUCGGAUGUCCCAUGAGCCCAUGCACUGGUGCCUGAACCUCAAGCGGUCCUCGGCCUGCACCAAUGUGUCACUUCUCAACCUGGCUGCCAUGGAGACCACGGACUCGUCAGGCACAGACUCCACCACGGAAGACAGCAGUGGCCCUCCCACACUACCUGGCCCCCCCACCUCCCCUACCCUACCCUGGGCUGCAGAUGACCCAGACAUUACGGAAAUACUGAGCGGGGUCAAUAAUGGAUUGGUCCGCGCCAAAGACUCUAUCACCAGCUUGAAGGAAAAGACCACCCGGGUUAACCAGCAUGUGCAAUCGUUGCAGAGUGAGUGUUCGGUGCUGAGUGAGAAUCUAGAGAGAAGGCGGCAAGAGGCGGAAGAACUGGAGGGCUACUGUAGUCAACUCAAGGAGAACUGCCGGAAGGUGACCCGGUCAGUGGAAGACGCUGAAAUCAAAACCAAUGUCCUGAAGCAGAACUCUGCCCUGCUGGAGGAGAAGCUGCGGUAUCUCCAGCAGCAACUGCAGGAUGAGACGCCGCGGAGGCAGGAGGCCGAGCUACAGGAGUUGGAGCAGAAGUUGGAGGCUGGCCUCUCCCGGCACGGUCUGAGCCCCGCCGCCGCGUCCCAGGGGUGCUCGGGCCCGCCAGGGAGUCCCAACGAACCCACGCGGCCCCGUAGCAUGGCCCCCGGCGGCUGGGGAAUGGGGCCCAGAGCAGGGGAAGGCACCCUCGCGAGCGAACAGGAGUUGCAGAGAGUCUCCGCGGGCCUCGAGGAAUUAAGGAGGGAUGUGUCCUCGCUGACUGCCCGGUGGCAUCAGGAGGAGGGGGCCGUGCAGGAGGCCCUGCGGCUGCUUGGCGGCCUGGGCGGGAGACUGGACGGUUUCUUAGGCCAGUGGGAGCGGGCGCAGCGUGAGCAGGCACAGACAGCGCGGGGUCUGCAGGAGCUGCGGGGCAAGGCAGACGAGCUGUGCACCUUGGUGGAGCGGUCUGCAGUGUCUGUGGCUUCCCUGAGGAGCGAACUGGAGGGGCUGGGCCCAGUGAAACCGAUUCUGGAGGAGUUGGGGCGGCAAUUUCAGAGCUCUCGAAGAGGGUCUGACCCCUCCAUGAACCUGGAUCGGUCCCCCCAAGGCUCCUGUGCACGCUGUGCCAGCCAGGGGCAGCAGUUGUCCACAGAGUCCCUACAGCAGCUGUUGGAGCGAGCACUGACCCCACUAGUGGACGAGGUGAAGCAGAGGGGCCUGGCUCCCGCCUGCCCCAGUUGCCAGAGGCUACACAAGAAGAUUCUGGAGCUGGAGCGCCAGGCCUUGGCCAAACACGUCAGGGCAGAGGCCCUGAGCUCCACCCUUCGGUUGGCCCAAGACGAAGCACUACGGGCCAAGAACCUGCUGCUGACGGACAAGAUGAAGCCGGAGGAGAAGGUAGCCGCUCUGGAUUAUCUACACUUGAAGAUGUGCUCCCUCCAUGAUCAACUCAGCAACCUGCCACUUGAGGGGUCCACAGGGACAAUAGGAGGAAGUAGUGGGGGAGUUCCCCCAAAACAUGGGGGCUCAGCCCCUGAACAAUAAAUGGCCCCUCAUGCUGGCA